CCCACCCCUCCGGCAGCAGCUGGCGUCUCGCGCCGGGGGCCGCGGGCGGCACGCGCUGCCUUCGUACGCGCGCGGCUUCCCUCUCCCGCGGGCGGGGCCGCUGCUGCAUGGAGCUACCCGUGUGAGGGAGGGGGAGGAGUCUCACGGCCGCCCCGCCCCCGCUCCAGGUGAUGCCAGGGACCGGGGUGACGAUGCCGCUGGCGAGGCGGUGGCCGUUACUGCUAGAGAAGGAGGCAGCGGUGGGGUCCGCGCGGGCCUUGUCGCCCGUCCCCUCGCACCUCAGGGCCACCCUGCCCUGCCCCUGAGCCGCGGGGAAGCGCCAGCGGCCGGCCCGAUCGCCCGGCUCCCCCCCCCGUCGCCAUCUCCCCCUCCGUCCUCGAUGUCUCCCCCGCGGCGCGGAGGCCCCUUCGCCGCCUCCCCGCCCUCUUGCUCCUCGCCGCCGCAGCCCUCCCGUCCCGCGGUCCGGCGGCGAGAGGCGUCCGGCCUCCCAGUCGUCAGGCCGUCGUUGCCGCCCGUCCCCCCUGGCUGAGGAGCGGCGGAGGAGAGGUCGCUGGACCACCUGGCACGAUGAAGGUGGAAGCGGGAGACAACUCCAUGAUCAACCUGUCGGUGCAGCAAGUGCUGAGUCUGUGGGCUCAUGGCACCGUCCUCCGCAACCUCACCGAGAUGUGGUACUGGGUUUUCCUCUGGGCUCUUUUCUCCUCUCUCUUUGUCCAUGGUGCUGUGGGAGUAUUAAUGUUUGUGAUGCUGCAGAGGCAUAGGCAGGGGAGGCUGAUCUCUGUCAUUGUGGUCAGCAUUGGAUUUCUGGGUUCUAUAACUGGAGCAAUGAUAACCAGUAGAUCUUUCAAACUCUCUGGCCUCCUGGGAUCUUUUUACCAGCAUAUAGAAAAGCAGGAAACCCCUCAGAUUCUAGGCUUUGAAAAUUCACGGAACUUAAUGGUUAUUAAAAAAGGUGCUGCAGUAGCUGGAAUUUACAGAGUAGCAGGAAAGAAUAUGGCUCCCUUAGAAGCUCUUGUCUUUGGUGUUGGACAGACAGUACUGACGUUAAUUAUCUCGUUUUCAAGAAUUCUUGCAACGCUUUGAGACUUACAUAGGAGAGGAAAAUAAAUCAACUAGUUUAAAGAAAUCUUUAAUCUGAAGAGAAGCUUCCUGAAAGUGGAUUCAUCAGCUUAUGAACUUGGAGUGCAAGAGGAAGGAAGCUAUGUGGAACAUGCACUACAAAUCUAGAGGUUCAGUCAAAUGAACAGACUGUCCUCUAGUGUCUGAACUGUUGUACUUCUGCACUGCGCCUUACGUGCCUCAGUUACAGGCAAGGUGCGAUCCCAUGUGUGCGGAGUUGAGAUAAAGCACCUUGAAUAGCUGCCGGUCAGGUUAAUGCUUGGUGAUGGGAUCAUCGUUCUUAAUAGUGUUGUAAUAAAAUAAAAGGAUGCUCCUGAAAAUUGCCAUAUGUGCCAAACUUGGAGUUUAAUUCUUAAUUGUUGGCUGGGUAAGCUUUGACAUUGUAAUUACAGAAGAAUGCUGUGAGCAUACACUCGAAUUCAGGUAAAACAGCAAGAUAACUGACUUGUGUAUUAGCAGCAUCUCUUUGCUGUUAGGUCUAUUUCAAAGUAUAGAUGAAUUUUGAUGGGGUUUAAGAACCACAGCUUUAGCAACCCUGAUGUAAUUAGCACUAUGUGUGGAAUGACUCAUGGCAGAUUUCUGAAGCUCAGCACAUCAUUUCUUCGUGGUUUUAGCUUGUCAGAAAUCAGUAGUUUAAGGAGGCUGUAGGAGGGUUACUAAGUACAAUCUGUUACGUAUGCACAAACAAAUCUUAAACUGAUGCUUUCCUUGAAAUUAUUUUUGUCUAAAACAUACAGAUGGUCACCGACCCUUCUGAAAACCUCGGAAAGGCUACCGGUUGCAAAUAAGCUCUCUAUAUUUUAUUUAAGCACUGAUAGGACUCUUAACCCUACACGUAUUCUUUAAAGAACACGCAAAUAUAACAGACUGUAAGAGAAUACGCCUAUGAGGAAAACAGAAAGGGAUAAAAAUACGAUAUACUAGUUUUCUACCAAACAAAAAUGUUAAGUUUAACAAAAUAGUCACUAUACUCCAAACGUUAGGAAGUGGGGCGGCACCAAUGUAUUUACUACCUUGUUUCUGAACACUUUGUAUCUUUGGAAAGACUAAAAUAUCUGGAACUUUCAAAUACUUAGCUUUCAGUAGAGUUUGUGCUUUUCUAGUUUAAAAGGGACAGUAGUGUUGUGCAUGUGAAGUGUCUUAAAUAUGAAUGUUUUGGAGUGAAUAGAAAUUUUAAGUCUAAUUACUAACUAUUUAUGAAAUGCAGAAUUUAAAGGGCACAAAUUUCUGUGUGAGGAAUAAGGAUUUUUUUUUUUAUAUCUUUCCUCAGCUGAAUGCUUUUCAGCAGUCAGCUUUUAAUGCUGACAGGAAAAGUAAAUUGCUCAAAGCUUUUGCUGUAAAGAUGUCAGAAAGAUUUUCAGGAGUCUUGAAACCACUGGCACCUACAGCACAGCUUAAGAAUAUGGUUAAAAUAUAACUUACAGUCCAGUCAUAUUGCUUAGUGCUUCAAAACAUUAUAUUGAAUUAACCUGUCUGCCUUUAUUUUACUCCACAUAAACUGUUGGGUUGAUGGGGUUUUUUAAGUGCUAAGGAUGGUAAUAUUAUUUCUUUUCUUUAAAAGUAUUUAAAUCUUGUUUGGAAAAUGUACAAAGUUAUGGGCUUUGCAGAGAACAAUGUAAAACAUAGGUUUACAAGCCUUUUCAGUGUUAUAUUUUUGGCUUUGAAUUGCUUUAAAAUGUGGCUGAAUAUAAAAUAUAUUCUCAUUAUUUUGAAUGUCUUCAAAAAAUUAUUUUUCAUAGUCUGGGUUUUUUGUCUUGUGGCUUUUACUUUCUGCUGAUCCUUUUUGGCAUAACAAUCAUUGCAUUUUAGUAGACAAUGAAAUUAUUACAUCUGUAAAAGGCAAUUUAAACUUCUCCCCAUUGUCUUAAAUUAUGAGAAAACUCAUUUCAGGUAUUUAAGUCAAAUUGAAUAAUAAAAUAAAUGAAGAUAUUUCUCCUAAUGUGCCUUGUUACGUAUAUAUUUUUAGGGGAGAGGAUUUAAAAAAAAACAAUUUACCACUAUCUUCAUUCUUAUUCUAUUUUUGCUCUUUUGAAUUAAUUUGGUUAUUUGAUAUAAUGUCUUACUCAACGGACAUGAAAACAUUUCUGUUUGACAACCUGGAAAUGCUUGUCUGGAUCAAAACCAACCGUUUCAUGAAGCGCUGUAUUCAGUAAUUUAGAUUGUGUCAUUACCUCACACUGAAACUUCUUCCCAGUUUCCAAAUUUCCUUAAGCAUCGUGAUUCUUAUUUAUGGCAUGAGGCUAUUAUGCUACCACUGAUCAAUGGCUUGCUGUCUUUCACUAAAUUAAACUAUAACAGACUACUGCUAGCUUAUAAAAUGCAUAUGCAAAGCUUUUGUUGAUGAACUUCAUUCUUUGUUUUAAUUGCAGUGCCAAUGAAAUUGUUGUCAUUGUAACUUUACUCCUUUGACAAGGAGGUAUCUUUGCAGACAUUAAGUUACUUUCCUUCAAGUAAUUUUUAUUGCAUAGAUCAUGUAAUCACUUUUAAAACAUUGUUAGGUGCUUAGUUGUCUCUGCUUUGUAUGGCAUUAUUGCCUGAUAACAAUGAAUAGGCAGAUAACAUAAUGCUUAAGUGGCUUAACAGAGACAAAGUUAAGUAUUUGAUAGAAAAUUGUUUUUAACUAUUUUUUGUGAGGGAUGUAUGAGGACAAAUAGUUUGUCUAUGAAGUAUUCUUUGACCAUAGCAUGAACUUACUGCAUAAUAACUCCAGCUAUGAAAGGAAGGGUGAGUAAGUGGCCUUAUGUCUGUGAAACUUUGAAGUUUCAUUCCAUGUCCUUAGGAACAGCAUUAUUAAACAUAAGGUGCUCUAGUUAAAAUGCAGUGUAUGCAUAUAUGUGUGUGUGUGUAUUUAUGUACAAGUAAUGGUUUUGGGUGUGUUCUAUACCUUACACGCACUAACAAUUGAAAUAACUUGUCUAAGAAAAAGAAAAUUACUUCACAUAACUCUUUUUUCCCUUCCCUCUUGCUAUCAGGCUACAAAGUUAUCUUGUGUGUGAAUGGCACUGAUGGUACUCUGGUUCCCUUUGGACAAUACAGUGUUGUGCAGAUGUCCACACAGGAUCUUUUAGCGCUAUCUUCAAAUAGCUCUGCCUGUCUCUGAGUUGUAUCACUAGGCACAUUCUAUGCAUUGUUAAUGAUUAAUUUCUUAGUUAAGAACAAAUAAUGCAUCAACACAAUUUAAUCUUUAGAGGAGGGGAGGAAUACUGAAUAUACUACUGAAUUUGAAGAAGCUUCUGCUGCUUUGUUAGAAGCUGCUGUGGUUUAAGAUUUAAACAUUCCACACACUUCCAAUUUAUCAACAUGAUCAAAAAAAAAAAAAUUGGUUUGACUCAACAUCCUAGCUAUAUUGAAGGAAAAAUUUCGUCCAAAUAAUUGUCUUUCAUUUCAUGGGUAAUUCUGAGUUUAUGAAACUAAUCUGUGUACAAUGACUAACGAUAUAAUUUGAAGUUUUCUGUUGACUUUUUUAAAGAAACCAAUAAUUUAGCCAGAUUUGAACAUUCAACAUGGACCAAAGAGAGAGUACUCCUGAUUUUGUGUAAUGUAGCUUUCUGUUUUUGAAGUACACCAUUUUUAUUACUCUAAAGGAAGUAGUAUUCCCUCUUCAACAUAUUGCACACUGAUAUUUAUUUUGGUUAGACUUUCUAUUUGAAUUCAGUUGGUGGGGAGGCACAUAUAAUGUUAUUUGAGCAGAAGCUGUAAUGGAGUCUAAGCUCUAAUAACUGUAAGAACUGAUUUAAUUGUUAUUUUCUGGUUUAAUUCAUGUAUUUCACGCACUAAGUGUAUUCUAAUAAUGCCUUUCCUGCAUUGAAUCUGAAUAUUGUAUCAUGAGCAUAUUGAGCUGCAUGGUUUUGUAUAUAGCCAUUCAACAUCACACAUGUAUAAUUCCACAUAAGCAAUUAAUUUUCUUUUUCAGACACAAUAUUCCUAGGUGUAUAAAAGUAUGGGUGAAUCAGGGCCAAAAAAAAAAAAGGAUAGGACUCUAAUAAGGCUUAGAAAACCAAUUGUGAACAUGACAAUUUUUUCAGUUACUCUUCUGUUUCUGGCAAUAUGCUUUUUUAAUCAUACAUGUAUUUCAGUUAAGGGGAAAAAUGUGGAGAUUGGUUGUUAGGAUGAUGACUGCAACCUAAUUUAAUUCUAAGCAAUUUGAGAUAAAAUGAAAUUCUGAAUUUUGUUCAUAAAUUAUAAUGGAUUGCUACAUAUAUAUAUGUGCUAGAACUUAACUUAGAGUGUUGCCAGAGUUUAACAUGUAACUGCAUCAGCAUAUUGACAGAAUAUCUUUUGAAACUUUUAUUUUUUUUUUUCCAACCUCUAGAUUGGGAGCAGCUCAAGGUGAAAAGACUGUUUAAAUCCUCAGCUGUAGCUUCAGAAGGAAUAGGUGUUCUUUGUGUACAGGUGAAUUUAACACAGCUGAAAACCCAGCAUUGGGUUAAAAGUCCUAUUUUUGGUCACACCUUGGUCAUACCACCACAGCACUUAAGGUCAGUGGGGAAAGUAUUCUGUACUCUGUUACGGUAAGGAAUCUUCAGCUGGGCUGCACUAGUUUGUGUACUUAACUGCACAACCUUUGGUGAAAAUGAAAUUGUCCUAGAAGACAGACUUUAACUUGCGUGCAUUCCGUUUGAUACCUUGUAAGUAAGAAAGAUUGUGUCCUGACAGCUGUUCCCCACGCUCAUGCCUAGAAUUAUACUUGAAAUCAGUUUCUGCAUUAAGUUUAAAUGUAAUCACAGAGAUAUCUCAAAGUCCUCAAAGAUAUGUUACUGCUUAGGGUAUUGUCCCAGUGUAGCAGGUGUAAAAACAAUUAUAGUCUAAAGUAAUGAUCUAAAGAAGUAUUUUCUUUCAGGAACACACAUUUUUUCCAUUUCUAAUUGUUCAUCUUGUAGUUGCUGAAAGCUUCAAGAAGUUACUGCAUGAAUACUAGUAAGAUUUGUCAGUUGUUAAAGGGAAUGGAUAGUAUGUCCUUUUGUGCUGCUUUUGUUAUUAAAAAAACCCCAAAACCCUAUAAGGCAAAGUAAAUACUGAAGAGAUAUUUUCAGUAAAAUAAGUAAUGCUUGAUUGAGAUAAAUGGCAUUCCUUUUGAUUUGAGAUCUAACUUUUAAAGUUUAAUUCAGGUAUUUGAUAUCAGCAUUGUAAAAUCUAUUUCUGGAUUAUGCAUCAAUAUAAGGUAUAUUGAUGAGGCCAUCAGAGCUAUAAAUCCUUUUAAAAUUACUAGCUGGAGGUUUUUACUUGUUUGAAAUAUGCUUAACUUUUAUAUAAAUAAUGAAGUUUUGAAGGCCCUUAAUAUUUUUGGUGUUUAGAGGAUAAUCAGGUAUUUGUGUAACUAAACUUUUGACUGUGGCAAUAUAUAGAAUAGCACAUAACUCAUCAGAAAUGCUUGCAGAAACCACUAAAGACAGAUAUCUAUUUUACAGUUAGAAAAAGGCUACAGUAUUUGACACCCGUAUUGAUAACUGCAACAGCCGUACUAUAAGCUUUACGGCAUGAUAACCAGUUGGAUUUGGCUGAGAAAAUGAGGAGAGAAUUUGAAAAUCUUUAAAAAUGAAAAAGGCAAAAUUGGUACCUAUCAGUCCACUGACAAUUGUGCCCCUCCAAUACUGUUUUUCAUCAAGGAUGACUUAAUAGAUCAUACACAAUGCAGCAUAAUAUCUCUCCGUAAAGUGUUGUGUGGAUAGAACACCUUCUGCAAAUUUGUAUUAGAAACAAAUGUUCAUAUUGUCACGUGACGAAGUUACCUAAGCUGAAGGAUCAUGACCUAGGCAUUGUUAUGAAGUUCAAAGAUAGCAAGAACAGUGAUGGAGAAGAGUGAUUUAACAUAUAGUUGAUUUAUGCUUUCUACAGGGCUAUAUUAUGCUGUGAAAAAGGUAUUCACUUUGAGUUGCGGAUGUACUGCAUGUUCAUGUAACAUUUUAGCUCCAAUUAAAAAAAAAAAGACUUUAAUAGAUAACACUUAAGCUGUAAAUACUGUACACUAUUAUCUUUCAUUUUUUAAGCAACUUUUUUAUUUCCCUGUUUGUGUACAGUUCUCUAUGUACAUAUUUAAAAAAAAAACAAAAACAAAACAAAACAAACCCACAACAUUUUGAGAAACUUUUGUAGUUACCUUUUGCAUUUCAAUUGCAGUAAUGAUCUAAAUACAUCCAUUCAGCUGUUUGUUUAGUUCUAAGUUCUCAUUGUACGCUUUCAGGUUCUUUGAAAAGCAGCAAUAACAGUUGGACAUUUAUUUAAAGUAAAACUUUUUUCUGCACAAUUUCCACUUCUAUGCUUUAGAAUGGAGGUGCAGUGGAACAGUUGUUCAAUUGUAAGGUUUCAAGAGCCUGUAAGUAGUUUUUAUAUUUUAUGUGUGUGUGUGAUAGGAAAUGUUUUGUAGUAGCUCAUAUAGAGAAUUUAAAGUCAAACACAAUUUUUCACGCUCAUUUAUUUGAUUAAAAGUUUCUGUUAAAAUACUUUCAUAAACUUUCCAUAGCUUAUUGCAUGUGCUUAUAAAUAAAUAAUCAUAAAGCUAUACGUCGACCUCUGUAUGAAAUACUCUGAUAACAAAUGUUUUGCAUUUUGUGAACCUGAUUGAAAUGUACAAAUGUACACACAAAAUAAAGCUAAAAUGAAUUAUGA